AGCUUCGAGACCCCCCCCAAAUCGGGGGACCUAAAGCCCCCGUGGGCACCCAUCGACGUCCUGGGGGACGGAAAGAGCUGGAAAAAGCCGACCGGGAGCUGGGCUUGGCCUUCGACCCGUGGGACGUGGAGUUCUACACGAGGCUCUUCCAGAGGAUCGGCCGCAACCCCAGCACGGUCGAGUGCUUCGACCUGGCCCAGAGCAACAGCGAGCACAGCCGCCAUUGGUUCUUCAAGGGGCGCCUCCUCCUGGAGGGGGGAGGGGACGGGGAGGGGACCCACCCGGGGGAUGGGGAGGGGUCCCUGUCCCUGUUCCAGCGGCUCGUGGGGACCCAGAGGAGCAGCCACCCCAACAACGUCAUCAAGUUCUGUGACAACAGCAGUGCCAUCCGUGGGGCGUCGGUGACGGCGCUGUGGCCUCGGGACCCCUGGGGGCCGAGCCCCUUCGAGCGCAGGACGAGCCUCAGACACGUCACGUUCACUGCUGAGACGCACAACUUCCCUACAGCGGUCGCCCCGUUCAGCGGGACCACGGGCACCGGGGGGCGGAUCCGGGACGUGCAGUGCACGGGCAGGGGGGCGCACGUCAUCGCUGGCACCGCGGGGUACUGCUUUGGGAACCUCCUCAUACCCGGGUGGGAGCAGCCGUGGGAGGACGGGGGCUCCGCAUCCCCCU